CAGGCUGCACUUAGCUCAAGGGGCCUCGAGGACUCUCCGCGUCUCUGGAGACAGGGGCACUACACGCACUUCAGAAUGAAGAGUUGCGGGAGCAUGCUGGGGCUCUGGGGGCAGCGGCUCCCCGCGGUGUGGGUCCUGCUCCUGUUGCCUUUCCUGCCGCUGCUGCUGCUUGCAGCUCCCGCGCCCCACCGCGCGUCCUACAAGCCGGUCAUCGUGGUGCAUGGGCUCUUCGACAGCUCGUACAGCUUCCGCCACCUGCUGGAAUACAUCAAUGAGACACACCCCGGGACUGUGGUGACAGUGCUCGAUCUCUUCGAUGGGAGAGAGAGCUUGCGACCCCUGUGGGAACAGGUGCAAGGGUUCCGAGAGGCUGUGGUCCCCAUCAUGGCAAAGGCCCCUCAAGGGGUGCAUCUCAUCUGCUACUCGCAGGGGGGCCUUGUGUGCCGGGCUCUGCUUUCUGUCAUGGAUGAUCACAAUGUGGAUUCUUUCAUCUCUCUCUCCUCUCCACAGAUGGGACAGUAUGGAGACACGGACUACUUGAAGUGGCUGUUCCCCACCUCCAUGCGGUCUAACCUCUAUCGGAUCUGCUAUAGCCCCUGGGGCCAGGAAUUCUCCAUCUGCAACUACUGGCAUGAUCCCCACCACGAUGACUUGUACCUCAAUGCCAGCAGCUUCCUGGCCCUGAUCAAUGGGGAAAGAGACCAUCCCAAUGCCACAGUAUGGCGGAAGAACUUUCUUCGUGUGGGUCACCUGGUGCUGAUUGGGGGCCCUGAUGAUGGUGUUAUUACUCCCUGGCAGUCCAGCUUCUUUGGUUUCUAUGAUGCAAAUGAGACGGUCCUGGAGAUGGAGGAGCAACUGGUUUAUCUGCGGGAUUCUUUUGGGUUGAAGACUCUAUUGGCCCGGGGGGCCAUAGUGAGGUGUCCAAUGGCCGGGAUCUCCCACACAGCCUGGCACUCCAACCGUACCCUUUAUGAGACCUGCAUUGAACCUUGGCUCUCCUGAGGAUAUAUUCAGGGGUCCCCAGGAACUCCUCGGUCCAGAGACCAAGUGGUGGCCUUGGAAAGCAGAUGUCAGGCUUUGGUGUGCCUGUGACCACCUCAUUGCUCCCAUAUUAUCCCCCGUUUUUAGUAGAGACGGGGUUUUAGUAGAGACUUGGCCUCCCGGAACCCCCUUCCUCUGCUCCUCCAUGAAUGACAAUUCCAGGCCUCCCCUACCUCAUGUCCUCUCAUUUGGGGGAUUGCUCCGUGCUAUCCCUUUCUCUCAAGGCCGAAGUUGGGAAGUGAGAAACCAUGUUUUUAACUUGUGGCUGCUUUUGCUGCUGCUGCUCCUCCGUAUCUGGCUGUAUGGGUGGAGAACCCACUCCCUGCCCACCACAGGGGUCUCCUUCCAGGCCACUCAGGACAUUUUUAGCUUCUCUUCUCCCCAUGUUCCCUUUUUUCUCUAAAGUCCCCUGUCAUCAGCCCUCCCAACUCCUAAGAGGGACUACCCAUGAGAGUGGGGUUCUGAGGCUCCCCUAUGGGGACAGUUCCGUUCUUGAAGUGUCAGUGUUGGGGAAUAUCUGUGGCCUAUGAGGCCCAUCUCAGGUUUGGGGAUCCCCCCAGUCCCUAUGAUCAGUGUUGGAGUACCCCCCUGGGAGAGCCUAGUUUCUUUGAGGCCCCAGGCCCUCUUUUAACUACCCUUGAAUAGGUGUUAUGCCUGUAUUUAUGGAAAUAAAGUUCCAUUUCCUCA